UGAUAUGGCAAAAAAAGUUUUGCAAUUGUUGUCCAACUUAAGUGUUUAAAUAGUUAAAAGUAAAUCUAGUGAUGAAGAUAUCGAAAAACAAUAAAGUUUGAAUUGGCAAUAAUUUUGUCUGACUUAACAAACGAGAGAAACACCUUGUAUUUUAUUGUAUCACUCAAAUUUAAGGUCUGAUUAAAGAUAAAAUCUUGAAUAAGCCAUAUUGAAUUAUUAAGCAUUAUCGAAGAAUCACAAGGAAAGGUGGAAUAUCAUGCAGCAGAAGUUAAGAAAAAUUAAGUAUUUUAUUUGAUUACAAUUUAGAAGGAUAAGAUCAAUGGUGUAGAUAUUUGCAAGACAUCUAUUAAAUGGAUACCUAAUCAAGAGUUCAAACACAAGAUUUAAUUUCGAGAUUUUCAGAUCAUCUCUAAGACAAGAUUGUCACACUAAAAGAAUAUCUUAGAGAGACGCUCUAAUUAAAUUGAGAUUAAAAACAUUUCAUAUUAUCAAUUAAUUUAAAAUUAACUCCUUAGAUGUCAACAAUAAAGGGCAUAGAUAAAAUGCAAAGUUGAAUUGA